AAAAUGUGAUGCUGGUAUAGCAAAUCACCAGCGAGAGGGAAAGAGAGGCGAUGGCUGCUCACGCGGGACGGCUUCUGAGGCAAUGGCCGAUGUGGCAGCAGCAUUGCUGCUCAAACGCCGCCUUCCACUACCUUAUCUUCUCCCCCUUACUUCCGGUCACCACGAGAACCAACUCCCGUCGUCCGUCUUUGACCACCGUCCACCUGGGCACUCGCGGCGUCCAUAAACUAUUACGCGGGCUCAGACCGUCCGAUUACCAAGACGCCAACACCGCCAGUUCGGGUUCAGAUUCGGAUUCGGAUGCAGUCACGUACAAGAGCCGCAACGAGUUGAAGCGCCACGCCCGAUGCGCCGUCCGUUGGGCUAUGGACCUCGCCUCCUUCUCCACCCCUCAAAUCAAACGCAUUGUCAGAGUGGCUUCUCUGGACCAAGACGUGUUGGAUGCUGUGAUACUAGUGAAGAAACUAGGACCUGAUGUUCGAGAAGGGAAGCGAAGGCAGUUCAAUUAUAUUGGGAAACUGCUGCGGGAUGUGGAGGCCGACUUGAUGGAUGCUUUGAUUCAGGCUACGAAAGAUAGCGAUGAAAGUAAGCUGCAAGCUUUAUCAGGUCCGGAAACAUUGGGGGUUGAUGAUGUUGCCGACGAAGAAGAAGCGGAAGAAACUGAUUGUGAGGAGGAAGAAGAGGGUUCUCACAUUGAUGAAGCGACCAGAUGGUUUGAUGGUCUGAUCAGUAAGGACAUUAAGAUCACCAAUGAAGUUUAUUCAAUUUCAAAUGUUGAUUUUGACCGUCAGGAACUAAGGAAACUUGUCCGAAGUGUGCAUUCUAGAUUGGAACAGAAGGUUGAUUUGGAGGAAAAUACGGGAAGGAUUGGUGCAGCGAGAGUGAGUGCUGAAAAGGCACUCACCAGGUUCCUUCGUUCCCUUGCUAAACGUAGCCUAGAGAUUGAUAUAUGAUAUUUUACUUUCUAUCAUUAUUCAUGUGUCAUUACGUAGUAUGUCUUAAAGAAUGCAAUUUUUGAGUGAUCAACUUGGCUUGCUUUUUCAUUUCA